CCCUUAGCUCUUCUCUUCCUCUCUGAAGACAGAGCUUUUCAAUCGAGAGAGAUAGAGAUAGAGAGAGAAAAAUGCAGACUUCAGUGACCCCAGAUGCUAUCUCCGCCGUGUUGUCAAACCCAUCUUUCGAUUCGUCGUCUUCAGAUCGAUCUGAGAUCGUCGUUCAAGUCGUUGAUCUCAAGCCUAUCGGCAAUCGAUACACAUUCAGUGCUAAUGAUGGGAAGACGAGAGUCAAAGCAAUGUUUACUGCUUCGCUAACACCUGAGAUCAUUUCUGGGAAGAUCCAGAAUCUGGGUCUGAUCCGUCUCCUUGAUUUCACUGUUAACGACAUCUCAGGCAAAUCAACCAAAUACUUCCUUGUGACAAAAUGUGAGUCUGUUGCUUCCGCGCUUGAUUCCGAGGUUGACUUGGAGGGUAAAAGCGAAGAGGAGGGUGGUGAGGCCAAGAGGCAGAAGCUAGAUCACUCUCCCAUGAGUGAUGUUUUUGCUUCUCAGAUAAUCACUGAACAGAGGGGAAAUGCUGCACCAGCUGCAAGAAUGUCCAUGACCAGAAGAGUUCACCCACUUGUGUCCUUGAAUCCCUAUCAAGGAAGCUGGACCAUCAAAGUCCGAGUCACUAACAAGGGAGUCAUGAGAAACUACAGAAACGCUAGGGGAGAAGGAUGUGUCUUCAAUGUUGAACUAACAGAUGAAGAAGGAACACAGAUUCAAGCCACGAUGUUCAAUGAUGCUGCACGGAAGUUUUAUGACAGGUUCCAGCUGGGAAAGGUGUAUUAUAUAUCAAGGGGGUCACUUAAACUUGCUAACAAGCAGUUCAAGACAGUUCAGAAUGAUUACGAGAUGACACUGAAUGAAAAUUCAGAGGUGGAAGAAGCUAGUGACGGGGAAAUGUUCGUUCCUGAGACUAAAUUCAAAUUUGUACCCAUUGAAGAGUUGGGUAUGUAUGUGAAUCAGAAGGAGCUUAUUGAUCUUAUUGGAGUUGUUCAAAGUGUCUCCCCUACCAUGAGUAUCAGAAGGAGAACUGACAAUGAAAUGAUACCCAAGAGGGAUAUAACUUUGGCUGAUGAGUCAAAAAAGACUGUUGUGGUGUCACUGUGGAACAACUUGGCAACCGGCAUAGGUCAAGAACUGCUAGACAUGGCUGAUAAGUCUCCUGUGAUUGCAAUCAAGUCUCUUAAAGUUGGAGACUUUCAAGGUGUUUCGUUGUCCACCAUCAGCGGAAGCAAUGUAGUGAUUAAUCCUGAAUCACCAGAAGCCAAAAAGCUUAAAUCUUGGUAUGAUUCUGAAGGCAAGGAAACAUCCAUGUCUUCCAUUGGCUCAGGGAUGAGCCCAUCUGCCAAGAAUGGAUCUUGGUCUAUGUAUGCUGAUCGAGUCCCUCUCUCUCAAAUCACAAGCAACCCAUCUCUAGGCGAGGACAAGCCUGUGUUUUUCAGCACUAGGGGUUACAUAAGCUUCAUCAAACCAGACCAGACAAUGUGGUAUCAAGGUUUUAAGACUUGUAACAAGAAAGUAACUGAAGCAAUGGACUCUGGUUACUGGUGCGAAAGUUGCCAGAAAAAAGAUGAAGAAUGCAGAUUAAGGUACAUAAUGGUAGUGAAAGUCUCUGACUCGACAGGAGAAGCUUGGUUUUCCUCAUUCAAUGACGAAGCAGAGAAGAUUAUUGGAUGUUCAGCUGAUGAGCUCAACAAACUAAGAUCAGAGGGAGGUGAAGUGAAUGAAUUUCAGACAAAGCUGAAAGAAGCAACAUGGUCCUCUCAUGCCUUCAGGAUCAGUGUCACUUAGAACGAGUAUAACGGUGAGAAGAGGCAGAGGAUAACUGUUAAAGCGGUAGCUCCUGUUGAUUUUGCUGCUGAGUCAAGAUUACUGCUCCAAGACAUCUCCAAGAAGAACACAUCAGCUUCUCAUUAGUUUUCAAGUUUCACAUGUUAUGACUCUAUUUUGCCUAAAAGUUCCACAACUUUGCUUGUAAUAUAUAAAGCUUCUCUG